UUAACAUCUUUUAGCCUAUCUGUAGAGGAUAUCAGAGGACAAAGUUUCUGUCAUGAAAUAGAACUGAUCAACUUAGUUGAAUUUAUAUUUAAAGCAAGCUUAACCUUCACUAAGAUAGUUUCAGAAACCUGUGUCAGCUGUGUUUUUCAGUCUGCCAUCUGAGAAGCUUCUGCAGUUGAAGGACAGAAAGUCUUCCGGUGGUGCUCCCAUCAGCAAUGCCCAAAACAAUCUUUAUAGCAGAUUAAAAAAGAAAGAAAGAAAGAAAGAAACCCCUGUGUGCUCUUGCAGCCAAUGGACCCUACAGAUCCUUGUAGAAAUAUUCCUAUGCCUGAUGGAUUUGGCACUGUGGAAGAAAGGCAUUUGUGGUUACCUGGUGGGACGACAUUACAAGAACUCCAUCAGAGGCAAGAGCUACUGAUGUCAAAUCCUAUGAUGGCUGUGAACCCCCUACUGACAGCAUCGGGGCAGCAGAGGAUUCCACUUGUUCCCUCACCAUUUGGACCUCCAAUUGUGGAUAGAGAUGUGUUGCCUCCCACUGUAGGUCCAACUGACCCAAGGCAGUUUUGUGUUCCUUCCCAUUUUGGAUCCUCUAUUCUACCCAAUGCAAAUAUGCCAAAUAUGUUGUCUAAUCGCAUCUACUCAGGUUGGAGCUUUUUGCCACCUGAGUCCAUAAGGGCAGUGAGCAGAAGAAAUGAAAUGAUCCGAAGGCCUCAUGCUGCCAGGGCAGAAAUGGAAAUGUAUUCUAAUUACCAGCAAAGGAAAUUGGAAAAAUUUAACCCAAAGGGACUAGGUGGUUUAGAGAUGCCAUUCCUCUAUGGUUCCAGUGUCCCACCUUGCCCAGCCAUCUACCAAGGCCAGAGCAUGCUCCCAGCCAGUGACCUGCAUUUUCACAGAAGUAACCUCAGAAACCUUCGGGGAAACCCUAUUCUGGUAGCAACUGGACCACACUUUAUAGAAAGCUGGGGGCAGAAAUAUUAUCGACUCAGGAGAGGUUCAGGGAAUCAGAAACCUCUUAACAGAGAUUCUGAGAGUUCCAAAAGUCAAGCAGAAGAAAAAGUCCUAAACCAGACACAUGCAAUUCCACACGAAGAGGAUGAGCAUGAAACAGACCCAGAAACUGAAAUAUGCAACAAUCAGAAGUCAAGCAAAACCAGUGACAAACCAGCUACAGCUGUCACCAACCCCUGUGGAGCACUCCAGCCCACUAAUAGAAAACCCCAAGGAGCUCAUGCUGCUCCCCUGGAGGUGAAGAUCUGGCAUGGUGGGAAGCAGAGGGCUUCAGAGCCAGGUGUUGAAGCCUGUGAUGGUGAAACAAACAGAAUUUGCCCUCCAGUUCCUCCACUGUCUCUGCCAGGAACACAUGCACUGGUUACAGUUGGGGAAAAUCUUUCUUUGGAUGAAGAUAUUCAGAAAUGGACCGUGGAUGAUGUACACAACUUCAUUAGAAGCCUUCCAGGUUGUUCAGACUGUGCUCAGGUAUUUAAAGAUCAUGCAAUUGAUGGAGAAACUUUGCCAUUACUCACAGAGGAGCAUCUUCGAGGUACCCUGGGAUUGAAGCUAGGGCCAGCACUAAAAAUUCAAUCACAGGUAUCUCAACAUGUGGGAAAAAUGUUCUACAAGAAAACUCUUUCACUUCCUACCCAUACAAGACAAGCAUUUGAUCAACCAGCAGAUACAUCUGCUCUUUUGGAUUUUAAUUCCUGGAGUGAUUUGAUGAACAUUCCUUGUCCCCAGGAUAUAAGGAUUCCUAAAAGAAUUGAGCAAGACAGUUCAAGAAAUUAAAAACCCUCAAAGAGCAAAGGGCAGUCUGAACCAGUUUUCCAAAGAAUCUAAGAUUCACCAAGGGUGUGUGAGAGCUUCCCAGGACCAGACAGAGGAUGAGAGAGAGGGAGCUUCUCACCGAGCUGUCUCAGGAGGUUUUGCCAGGACUGAAGUGAUACUACCUUUAAGGGGUUGGAGAAUUAUCCUUGGAAGAAAAGAACAAUUCUAAUUGUCUCCUAAUGAAGGAGAGAAUUCGCAAACAUGAAGAAAGCCACAGUUGGUUGUUUCUGUGAGAAAAUCUCUGAAUAAUCCAAAAGAGCAGAAAUGAAAAAGAGAGCUCCCCAUUUCCCAUCCUUGAGCCCUGAUAAAGACAGACUGAGAAAGGAGGUAGAAGAGGAAGGGAAAGGCUCAUGGUAGUGGAGGAGCUGACCACAAGACCCCCUCCUUCUUCUUUCAGGCCUGGCUGCAAGGGGAGGUAUUCUACACAAAAGUUCCAAGCCUGAC